GAAGCGGCAGUAAAUAUUUGGCUUAAGGACUUUGGAUUUUUUGAAUGUACAUACAUAAUUAUCAUGAAUAUUAUUGCAUCAUGAUAUUUAGUCAUGUACCUAUGCCGAUGCUUUUUGCGUCAGUCAAAUAUUAAAAAAAAAAAUCGGAAUAUUUUGAAUUUGAAAAUAUAUUGUAGACUUUUAAAAAGAAGACGAAAUCUUAACAUGUUGCGUACCUUGGCCGCUGGAUUAGCUAAAACUGCCCGUUCUUCCAGACGCCUAAUUACUUUAGGAUCUACUCGUAAUUGUAUGUAUGUGCACGAAGAAGAACCAGAACAAGUUUUUAACAAACGCUUUGAGGAUUUCUUCAAUCGUUGUGAAAUCGAUGGCUGGGACUUGCGUCAAGGAAUGAACGAUAUUUUAGGAUAUGAUGUGGUUCCCCAUCCUAAAAUAAUAGAAGCUGGUUUGCGGGCAUGCCGCAGAGUUAACGAUAUUGCACUGGCUAUAAGGUGGCUGGAAGCAUGUAAGAAUAGGUGCGGUGACAAAGUAGACCAGAUUUACCCAUAUUUACUAAAUAACAUACGUCCGACUCUGUACGAUCUUGGCAUACCAACACCAGAGGAACUGAAUUACGAUAAGCCAGAAUUGGCGGUAAAAUCUGUUUUUGAUAUGUAAUACCAUUGACAGGAAGUUAAUCUGGAAUUAAUAUACAAUUUAAAUACACAUUAAAAGAGAUGAAUUAAAAAA